AUGUAUUGCGGCGGGGCGGAGGCGCGGGUGCCUGAGGGGCGGCGGGAGGCGGGCCGCCCCCCUCGAGCCCCCGCCGCCGCGCGGGGAGGAGGGCGGCGGAGCGGGGCUGGCCGCGGCGGGGCACGUCCCGCCUCGGGGGCGGAGGGGGCGGCCCCGCGUACCGCGGCGGUGAGGGCGAGCCCCGGCGGUGGCCGCCCUGCGGCGGGCGGCUCGGCUCGGCGCUGCCGCCGCCUGCCCGGGGCUCUUCGUGGCCGGCAGCGUCCGGGCGGUGCUGGUCAUCCGCGACAUGAGGGUGCCCGCCGACCUCUGCCCGGGCAGCUCGGCCGCCUCGGACCGCCUCGCCCUCCUGGGGCUGCCCUUCGCUGGCGCUCCCGGCCCCGGAUCCUGGGGCGGCUGCCGUGCUGCCUCUCCCGCUCCCUCAGCGAGGGCUGCACCACCCUCCGCACCGCCGCCCCACCUCGCCACCAUCACCCCGCCACCUGCUUCCCCGCCAAGGCCAAGGCGGUCGUCACCAGUGCCGGGCGAAGGCCGCCUGGGCGUCCCCGGGCCUUCACCCUCCUCUCCACCAGCCCCUUCUUCCUCCUGAACAGCAUGGAGCAGCCCAGCAACCGCACCGACUCCAGCCGCGUCAAGCCCACCCCGCAGGCCACGGAGUCCGGCCGGCUGGCCGCCAUGUUUUGGGUCAGCACCUCCUGCUCCAUCCUGCCCAUCAUCUGCCUCAAUGUCCUCUACAGCUUCAUCGGCCAGGGGCUGUGGCAGGGCCGCACCUGCCCCGGGUGUCCAGGAGGGUGCUCUGAGAGACAGUACUCUGUGACAGUUCUGGCCUUCGUAGUUUGCUGGUUGCCUUUCCACAUUGAUAGGAUCGUAUUUAUAGACACCCAAGGAAGCAGGAUGAUGCUGUUCUCCCAGCACUUUAAUCUGCAGCUUUUCUACCUGAGCGCAUCCAUCAACCCUAUCCUCUACAACCUCAUUUCAAAGUACAGGGCAGCAAGCCCUACAAGCUCCCCCACCGAGCUGCAGAAAGGGCUUUCACGGUAACAAAAGACACUGGUGGCUACAGAGAUGAGUGCGAGCACAAGAUGCGCCACCGGCUUCCGAGGCUGCAGCCUGCACUUUUCCAGGCGUUCUCUGCACAG